CCGCCGCGCGCUCUUCGAGUUGACGUGUUCGUGUUCGUGUUCGCUUGUGUAACGGUGUGAACAUGUGACCAGGAGUGCAGAUUUACUGUGUGUUCAGUUUUAAUUAACGUUUUAUUUUUCGGAUAGUGUUGUGUGUGGACGCCAUGUGACGAGGACCCAACAGCCACCGUGGGGGCCGCUCCUUCCCGUAAGAAGAUGGCAGAGGUGGAGAGUCCAGGGGGUCACCGCGGCGUGGCGGGGGUGGGGAAAAUCAAAAGAAGAGGUACCCCGAUACCCGUGCUGCCCCCCCGGGUCCCUUCUCCAAUGCCGCCCCCCAACACAAGAGUGUCGCACUCGAGCGAGGGGCCGCCGGCGCCGCUCUCCUCCUCCCAACGCAAGGCUCUCGCUGCCCAAAUGGCAGAGAGGUUACUGCAGGAGGAGGCGGAUCCCAUGAAGUCCUGGAUCAACCCUAGGAUAUUUUCCAAGAUCAACCACGAAGCGGUGACGGCUGCGGACUUCAACCCCCACCGGGUGUACCGGCCGCCGCCGGAGCCCGAGAGGUACCGGUCCCCUCAGCGGUCUCGGCCCGCGGUCAGUAGUAGCUCGCUCGCCGCAGAGGAGACAGCGCGCGGCAAACGCGACCGGGACAGAGACCGCGAGCGCGAGCGCGACCGCGCCAUGGACGUCGACAGCGGCAACGAGUCGGCACUCAGCUCCCGGAGAGGGAAGUUCCGUUACGGGGUGGUUCUCGAGGGUGGCGACACCACCAAGUGGCUGGGGAAACAUCAGAUCAUCACCUCGUCCAAACCUGUGGUGGGAGAGGUCUUCAUAGACGGACCUCUGAGCGAGCUGCCGCCCAGCGCGAAGAGUGCGGUUGUUCAGGAGUUGAGCGAGGUGCGGCGCAGGAGAAGCUCUAGCCAGCCCCCUCAGGGGUACCAGGGUGUUCAGAACUAUCAGGGGAGUCACGGUUACCAAGGGGGUGACGGGACUCGGGGAUCCACCCCCAACGUACGUAUGGAGAGCCAGUUCUCGUACUCCGUGGCAGGCACCAUGGGCACCACCGCGCAGGCCUCGGCCGCCGCUGCUUUUUUUGCAAGAGCCGCCCAGAAACUGAACCUCAGUUCGUCGCCAAGUCGUCGCAAGAGGUCCGAUGAUGAGUCAUCCUCAAGCAGCGGAUUCUGUGGCGCCAUCCACCGCAGCCCGCCUGCCCCGCCUCCCGCGCUCCUGCGCAGGAUCGGCGUCAAAGAGGUCACCGGUGUUGGCAAGGUGAAAGUGAUGCUGAGAGUGGCGGGCGACGGUUCAUCAACAACGGACGACUCGUCAUCAUUUCUCAGUGUGGACAAACGGCGCAAGCAGAUAACGCUCUUCGACCCGGCGCUGUGUGGCGUCGCGGCGCCCGGACCUGAAGACAGACGUGUCGGGGUCGCUGCCCCCAAGAUGUUUGCCUUUGACUCGAUAUUCACUCAUGAAGAUUCUCAAGCGGAAGUUUGUUCCUCGGCCCUGACUGAUAUCAUUCAUGCUGUAAUAAACGGUUCAGAUGGAUGUCUCUUCUGCUUCGGUCACGCCAAGUUAGGUAAAACGCAGACCAUGCUAGGAACUCCUGAGUCGGCCUCUACCCUGGGCAUCAUCCCCAGUUCUAUCGCCUGGUUGUUCCGCGGCAUCAGUGAACAGAAGCAGAAGACUGGUGCGAGGUUCUCUGUUAGGGUGUCGGCUGUCGAGGUCUCCCAGAACCUGAAGGAUCUCCUAGCUGGCCAUGCCAAUGAAUGUGAGCAGUCUCCUGGCGUUUACCUGAGGGACGAUCCUCUCCAGCUGCAGAACUACAGUGAGUUGAGGGUGCCGACGGCUGACAAAGCUGCGUUCUACCUGGACGCUGCCCUCAACAGUCGAGGUCCCCAGACUCACUUCCUGUACACACUACACGUCUACCAGUACAGUGUCGCUACCAAGGGUGCUGUGGCCGGGGGUCGAAGUAGACUCCACCUGAUAGACUUGGGAAGCUGUGAGCGAAGCAAGCUGACGGGUGGUCUCUCGCUCUCAGGGCUGGGGAAUGUUCUCCUCGCCAUCUUCAACGGCCAAAAACAUCUGCCUCACCGAGAGCAUAAGCUAACCCAAGUGCUCAAGGAGUGUCUGUCGUCCCUUACAUGUCACGUGGCUAUGAUCACUCAUGUGUCACCGGAGGCUCAGCACUAUUCUGACACCCUGGGCACUGUCCAACUCGCCUCUCGGGUACACAGGAUACGACGCCGAAGAUUCAAGUUCACAGGAGGCAAUGCAGGAGUAGUGGCUGGGGAGGACGUGAAUAGAGGUACGACGAGUAGUGAAGUGGACCCGUCCAGCAGCGAACAGUCUGCAGACACAGUCAUCUACGUGGGACCGUCGGACGAGACGGAUGGGGAGCAUCCGCCGGUGUACCUGCCCAGCCUCAAUUCGGGGGACAACCGAUGUGCUAUGGGAAAAGCGCUGAGAGGAAGUGGCAUGGAACCCAAGGUGGAGAGAGGAGUACGAUCGAACAUCUCUAAAUCUGUUCCAGCAUCUCCCCAGAGAAUGGCUCAAGAAGUGGUCCAAAUGAAUGGAACCCAUGAGGACAGAUCUUCCCCUCUGAGAUCUGGCAAAGUUGGGGGGAAGUCAGGCUUGGUGAGCUCGAAAUCAUCACCAUCGAGGACAAUCAACAGAUCGAAGGAGUCAAGCAAACCUCCAAGGUUGAAUGGAACUCACACACCGGAAGAAAGGUGGAUAGACGGACCGAGAAUACCAAAAUCCAAAGUUGCAGAAGCGAGAAACCUCCACAUGAUGAACAAAGAUGGCCAGCACCUCCUGGCCAAGAAGGAAAUGUGGGUAGACGGUCCUUUAAAUGUAGAAAAUGGAUUGGGCUAUGGAUUCAUGGAUUAUCACAAAAAGAACAUGAUUAGAAAGUGGGUAGAAAAUCAGACCGUGCAGAUACAAAAGCACAAAAAUGCACCGAGAGAGAAAACGCCACCCAGACGGUACGUUGCCAACUUCAAGACGUGUUCUGACUCGAGUGAUGGUGCUUGCGGUGUGAGAGGUCAAGCGAGUGGACAAGAGGACGAAGAAGACCACGAAGAGGUCAUGGCACCUUUACCUCAGACUUCGGUCGUUGCUAGGAACGGGGAAAUGAGCAGAGUUGUUCCAAUCGAGAGGUUACAAGGCACCAACGAAGAGGAAGAGGAGGACGAACAGAUUGAAGUGGAAAUAAUUGAACUAGAAGAGCCUGCGGAGUUAGUAGCCAUGCAAGAUUCAUGCUUACAGGUAACAGAGGAAGAUAUCGCUUUGUGUAUGGGAGAGGUCGAGAAUCCACUUCCCGAGGUUGACCAGGAAGAGCAUCCACUCAGAAUUCUUAGUCAGGAGAACCUUACAGUGGUUUCCACAUUUACAGAUUCCUUAUCAAUCGCCAAUGAUCUUGAGAGGUUGUUUCCUAGGGGACCAGGCUAUUUCCAUCACACAGCGUGGUUGAAAACCCAAACAUUGGAUCAUCGUAAGAAAGACCUGGACUGCCGACUUGACCGUAGCUACCAGAGAAAACCCACGGACAGCUGCCCGUCCAGACAGGUUGAGUCACGUCCAUUCUCCCGCUGCCAAUCGCUAUCAUUGUCGGACAUGUUGGCGCAAGGCGAGCAGCAAAAUGGUGGUGACUUCGACACCAGUAGUAUUGUCAGCGAGCCGGCAUACUGUCUGGGUGAUGAUAAGAAGAAUGGGAAGUUCUGCCUCAACUGUAAGGGAAGUUUGACCAAUGGAGGACUGUAUGAUACGUCACACUUUUCACACUUAACCAGAAGUAUAUCCUCCUUGAGGCACCCGGACGGCGCGUCCAACCCCAACCUGCAGGAGGAAGUGAAGGAGAGAGCACCGGUCACCGGAGGGGAGUGUCUGACAAGGCGAGGAGAGGAGGAGGACGAUGAGCCCCGUGUACCCCCGCCCCUGCAGAGUUCUCUACUCACGCUAUCUAGAGAAGGAUUCGUCUGCAGCAAAAUGAAGAACGGUGACAGCAGCGGAUACGUGAGCUGUACCCAGCCCGACAGCCAAUCACAGUCGAGUAUCCACGACCCUGGAGGACAAGGACUCCAGUACUGCCAGACAGACCUGGAGCGACUGGAGAGAGGCUGGAAUGAGUCCCACAGGCUCAGGGAACUCAGGAGGGAACAAAGGAUACUCAAGGCCGAGUUAGCUUCAGCCAAGAGCAGAUUGCUGAUUCCUGCCGAUAGAUGGAGCUACGAACUUCACGUGGAGGACAGUUGGCAGAACUGGGAAGACCCGCACAGUUUCCUGGAAGCUCUGCGCCAAGAAACGGCCAUUCUGCGCAAGAGAGUUGAUGCUUGCAAGUCUCACGUGCUGAUUGCAACAUGUUUUGACUUCCGGCCUCCCUCGUCCUCGUCGUGACAGCACCUUCUAUCUGCCCUGUAGCAGGAUCUGUUACAAUUAUAGUUGUGUUACUGUUGGCAUAACGCAGUAUUCUCUGGAUAUGCUUUCCCUUUAGGCUGAAUGGAGUUGUCAUUUGAUAAUCAAGUAAUCUUUGUAAUUAUUGAUUCACGACGUCAUAUUUUGUGUUCCAAUUACCGUUGAAUAAAAACAAUGCCACAAAGAGGCUAAAUCUGGGACCAUUUAAUUACAAGUUAUAGCAGAUAAAUGAAUGUUCAAAAAAUUAAAAUAUGUAUAUUUAUUUUAUCUACAUAACAAUUCUAUUGAACAAUUAUUUGGGACAUUGUUUGUGGUGUGGCGUAAUAAGACACUUCUCUGCAGGGUAGAUAGAUGGUGCUAUAAUCACGUGUAAUAUUUUGUGUACACAUUAAUUUAUUAUUCAUUGUACCUUUUGUAUAUAUUCUAUUAUAGAGUGUUAUUAUUUACAAGCUUAAAAACAUUUAUUUCAGAAUGUUGCCGCAUUCUGUUUUGUUAUUACUGCCAAAACUGUUGUUGACAAUUAUUGUGUAAGAAAGGAUUUAUUCAUGUAUAAAGACUCAUUUGUCAUAUAUAAAGACAUAAUAUUUUAACUUAUUCAGUAAUAUGUAUUCCAUUUCUAUUUCAUUUUGCAUAAGAAACAAACUUUGAAAUAAUUGAGGUACUAUUUAUAAGACUUAUACUCAUAAACGGUUGCAUUUUGUCAGUAUAAACGUGGUAUUUGAUCAAGUUAAAUCAAUAUAAGAAUGACGUCUUUCAAUUGAAAAAAUCUAUACUUAAGAAUAGCACAUAUUUUUUGAAUAAAGUUGAACAUUCUUAUCUGUUCUGCUUAUAUUGAGUUCUGCUUUCAAAGAUUUAAAAACAUGUUUUAUACCCUAAAUAAUGAAAUUCCUUAUUGGUUUAUAAUACUAUUCAACAAUUUUUUGGUGAUAUAUAUAUAUAUAUAUAUAUAUAUAUAUAUAUAUAUGAAUUUCAAUUCAAUUUUCCCCAGACUGUAUUAAAAAUCAAUAAUAAUUUAUAACAUUACAGUCAGUGUUCUUUAGUUAAACCUAAUUAAAAUAACUGUAGGUAAUUUAUAUUCUAAUAUUGCCAUCACAAUCAAUCUAGUGCCGACUUGAACAAGCAAUUAUUUGUAAUGAAAACAAUCCGAAUUGAUUUUUAAGGACUCAAUAUUUUUAACAACGAGACCAAUAAUUGUAAUUUAAGCUAAGACUUCUCAUGCCAAUCGUUCUUCCAUAGCCUUCAAUGUUGUCCGCCCCGCUAUACAAUUACUGUGCGCUGUGUACCAAUAAAGUUUUGUGUAUAUUGUGAUAA